UCUUCUUUGCACCGAGGCCACUCAGGAAUUUAGUAUUGGUCGACGAGAUGGACAGUUUAUCCCCGAUAAUGGCGUGUCAGGUCGCCAACCUGGCGAACGAAGAUACCCCGCAGCUUUACAUUGCUUGUGGCAGGGGACCGCGAUCCACGUUGCGGGUGUUACGACACGGUCUGGAAGUCUCGGAAAUGGCCGUCAGCGAGCUGCCCGGUAAUCCAAACGCUGUCUGGACGGUUAAAAGAAGAAUCGAUGGUUAGUUCCAACAGCUACUUACCGCAGUAGUUACUUGCAUGCACUUUUUAUCGCUACACUCUUAUACUGUAAUUCGAAAUGAGUUUUUAUCAGCUUUGGAUACAUUGACGAUCGC